CAUCACGGAUCCUGGAACCGGAUAUGACAUAUAUUGUUUGUUUGGAGCAAAAAAGCGCGCAGUAGGAGGAGGAUUGCCCCAGUUUUCCAGUCGACUUCGUAGCAUUUCCCAACCAAGCUUUCUCAAACAUUGCACGCAAAAAUGACUUGCAGAAGAGGUGCUUUGAUUGUCCUGGAGGGAGUUGACAGGGCUGGGAAAACGACACAAUGCAAGAAAUUAGUCCAAGCGCUGCAACAAAGCGGAAGACCAGCGGAGAUGAUGAGAUUUCCCGACAGGACCACUCAAAUCGGCCAGCUGAUCAGCUCUUACCUGGAGAAAAAGAGCAAUCUGGAGGACCACACUGUUCACCUGCUCUUCUCCGCCAACCGAUGGGAACUUGUGCCAGAGAUGCGUGAGAAACUGGACCAGGGCAUCAGUCUGGUGGUGGACAGAUAUGCCUUCUCUGGAGUCGCCUUCACCAGUGCCAAACCUGGCUUCUCUCUGGACUGGUGUAAGUCUCCGGAUGUGGGUCUUCCUAAGCCAGACCUGGUGAUGUUCCUGAAGCUAAACCCAGCUGAGGCGGAGGGCAGGGGGGAGUUUGGGGCAGAGAGAUAUGAAACCAGCGUCUUCCAGAGGACUGUACAGACGCGAUUCGACCAGCUCAUGCAGGACAAGACCGUCAACUGGCAGAUAAUCGAUGCGGCUCGCAGUAUAGAAGAGGUGCAUGAGGAUGUAAAGGAGCACUCGGUCAACGCCAUCAACAGAGUGGAGGAGCAACCAUUACAAGAACUCUGGAAGGAGACCACCACCUGCUGAGAGAGAGAGAGAGAGAGAGAGAGAGAGAGA